CUUUCGUGCCGGGUGGACGCGUUUAGUAGUAGUUUAUUUAUAUAUAUACUAUACAUAGAUAUUUCUGAUCCCCUGAUACAUUAUGGCAGGGGUGGGUAGCACUUUGGUUCGUAUAUCAGUUGCAGGCAUUGCAAUUUUAUUUUUCGUUGGCUAUAAAAACUAUCGGGACUUAUCAGCUCCUGGCAAGAGACCCGAUUUAGAUACAGAAGCCUAUUGGGGUCCUGGAGACAAAGCCUUGUACAAAGAGAACAAGGCGAUAUUGCCAUUUGAUAUAAGUGUUGAUCCAGCAAUCAUAACCGAUUUGAAGGGCCAACUGAGUCGACCUUUGAAAUUGCAAGAACCUUUAGAGGGUGUUGGAUUUCAAUAUGGCUUCAAUUCCAAAGAACUGCGUAAUGUGGUGAAAUACUGGCGUGACACUUAUCUAAACAAAUGGAGCGAACGCGAGGAGUAUCUUAAGAAAUUUGAACAUUUCCAAACAGAGAUUCAGGGACUCAAAAUGCACUUCAUCCACGCUAAGCCCACCAAGACGACUGGCAAAAAAGUGUUGCCCCUUUUAUUGAUGCACGGCUGGCCGGGCACAGUGCGUGAAUUUUACGAUUUCAUACCAUUGCUGACCACCCCGAACGAUAAGAGUGAUUAUGUAUUCGAGGUGAUUGCACCCAGUCUGCCCGGCUAUGGUUGGUCUCAGGGCUCCUCUAAGACAGGACUCGGUGUGGCUCAAGUUUCGGUGAUUAUGCGCAAUCUGAUGUUACGUCUGGGAUUCCAAAAGUAUGUGAUUCAAGGCGGCGAUUGGGGUUCUCUUAUUGGGUCAAAUCUGGCGUCUUUGUUCCCUGAGAAUGUUCUGGCCUAUCAUUCGAAUAUGUGCAGCAAUAACAGUCCCAUGGGUAGCAUUCAAUUGAUUCUGGCAUCCAUAUUUCCCAGUUACUUUUUGGAUAGUCAACAUGCUCACUUCUAUAAGGGAGCGGGUGAUUUGUUUGCCCACAUUCUGGAAGAGAUGGGCUAUGCCCAUAUACAAGCCACUAAACCAGAUACUGUGGGUAGUGCCUUGGUGGAUAAUCCAGUGGGACUUGCUGCCUAUAUCAUUGAAAAGUUCUCCACUUGGACGAAUCCCGCUUUUAGAAAUCUUGAAGAUGGUGGCCUCACGAAACGUUUUACCUAUGAUCAGCUAUUGGACAACAUUAUGAUAUACUAUGUGACAAAUUCUAUAACCACAUCGAUGCGUCUAUAUUCGGAAUCGAUGAACAAGUCCCAGUUGGGUCUGAAUGUGGAUUCAGUACCCAUUCAGGCCAAGGCUGGUUGUGCCCACUUCUUGCACGAAUUGGCCCAUACAUCCGAUAAGCAAUUGGCCAAUAAGUUCCCAAAUCUUAUCCAUACCACACAUUACACAGACGGUGGACAUUUUCCAGCCUUUGAAUUGCCCGAGACUCUAUAUGCCGAUUUUACGGCAUUCAUUAAAAAAGCAGCUUUAGUUUAAGUUUACAUGUUUGGCGUUGGUUUACGAAAUAAACAAGAAAUAAAUAAAUAAA